ACAACACAUCAACAUGUCAACAACAACAUUACAUCAACAUGUCAACAACAACAUUACAUCAACAUGUCAACAACAACAUUACAUCAACAUGUCAACAACAACACAUCAACAUGUCAACAACAACAUUACAUCAACAUGUCAACAACAACAUUACAUCAACAUGUCAACAACAACAGCGCAUUAAAAUGUCAACAACAUUACAUCAACAUGUCAACAACAACACAUCAACAUGUCAACAACAACAUUACAUCAACAUGUCAACAACAACAUUACAUCAACAUGUCAACAACAACAUUACAUCAACAUGUCAACAACAUUACAACAACAUGUCAACAACAACAUUACAUCAACAUGUCAACAACAACAUUACAUCAAUAUGUCAACAACAACACAUCAACAUGUCAACAACAACAAUACAUCAACAUGUCAACAACAACAUUACAUCAACAUGUCAACAACAACAUUACAUCAACAUGUCAACAACAACAUUACAUCAACAUGUCAACAACAACAACAACACAUCAACAUGUCAACAACAACAUUACAUCAACAUGUCAACAACAACACAUCAACAUGUCAACAACAACAUUACAUCAACAUGUCAACAACAACAUUACAUCAACAACAACAUUACAUCAACAUGUCAACAACAUUACAUCAACAUGUCAACAACAACAUUACAUCAACAUGUCAACAACAUUACAUCAACAUGUCAACAACAUUACAUCAACAUGUCAACAACAACAUUAUAUCAACAUGUCAACAACAACACAUCAACAUGUCAACAACAACAUUACAUCAACAUGUCAACAACAACAUUACAUCAACAUGUCAACAACACAUCAACAUGUCAACAACAACAUUACAUCAACAUGUCAACAACAACAUUACAUCAACAUGUCAACAAUAUUACAUCAACAUGUCAACAACAUUACAUCAACAUGUCAACAACAACACAUCAACAUGUCAACAACAACACAUCAACAUGUCAACAACAACAUUACAUCAACAUGUCAACAACAACACAUCAACAUGUCAACAACAACAUUACAUCAACAUGUCAACAACAACACAUCAACAUGUCAACAACAACACAUCAACAUGUCAACAACAUUACAUCAACAUGUCAACAACACAUCAACAUGUCAACAACAACAUUAUAUCAACAUGUCAACAACAACACAUCAACAUGUCAACAACAACAUUACAUCAACAUGUCAACAACACAUCAACAUGUCAACAACAACAUUACAUCAACAUGUCAACAACAACAUUACAUCAACAUGUCAACAAUAUUACAUCAACAUGUCAACAACAACACAUCAACAUGUCAACAACAACAUUACAUCAACAUGUCAACAACAUUACAUCAACAUGUCAACAACAACAUUACAUCAACAUGUCAACAACAUUACAUCAACAUGUCAACAACAACACAUCAACAUGUCAGCAACAACACAUCAACAUGUCAACAACAACAUUACAUCAACAUGUCAACAACAACACAUCAACAUGUCAACAACAACAUUACAUCAACAUGUCAACAACAACACAUCAACAUGUCAACAACAUUACAUCAACAUGUCAACAACAAACACAUCAACAUGUCAACAACAACAUUAUAUCAACAUGUCAACAACAACACAUCAACAUGUCAACAACAACAUUACAUCAACAUGUCAACAACAACAUUACAUCAACAUGUCAACAACAACAUUACAUCAACAUGUCAACAACAUUACAUCAACAUGUCAACAACAACACAUCAACAUGUCAACAACAACAUUACAUCAACAUGUCAACAACAACAUUACAUCAACAUGUCAACAACAACAUUACAUCAACAUGUCAACAACAACACAUCAACAUGUCAACAACAACAUUACAUCAACAUGUCAACAACAUUACAUCAACAUGUCAACAACAACACAUCAACAUGUCAACAACAACAUUACAUCAACAUGUCAACAACAACAUUACAUCAACAUGUCAACAACAUUACAUCAACAUGUCAACAACAACAUUACAUCAACAUGUCAACAACAUUACAUCAACAUGUCAACAACAACAUUAUAUCAACAUGUCAACAACAACACAUCAACAUGUCAACAACAACAUUACAUCAACAUGUCAACAACACAUCAACAUGUCAACAACAAUAUUACAUCAACAUGUCAACAACAACAUUACAUCAACAUGUCAACAACAACAUUACAUCAACAUGUCAACAACAACAUUACAUCAACAUGUCAACAACAACACAUCAACAUGUCAACAACAACAUUACAUCAACAUGUCAACAACAUUACAUCAACAUGUCAACAACAACAUUACAUCAACAUGUCAACAACAACAUUACAUCAACAUGUCAACAACAACAUUACAUCAACAUGUCAACAACAACAUUACAUCAACAUGUCAACAACAUUACAUCAACAUGUCAACAACAACAUUACAUCAACAUGUCAACAACAUUACAUCAACAUGUCAACAACAACACAUCAACAUGUCAACAACAACAUUACAUCAACAUGUCAACAACAACAUUACAUCAACAUGUCAACAACAUUACAUCAACAUGUCAACAACAACAUUACAUCAACAUGUCAACAACAACAUUACAUCAACAUGUCAACAACAUUACAUCAACAUGUCAACAACAACACAUCAACAUGUCAACAACAACAUUACAUCAACAUGUCAACAACAACACAUCAACAUGUCAACAACAACAUUACAUCAUGGUGUAUUGAAAUUCCAUUAGAUGAAACUGCAAAUAAUACUAAAGACGGUUUGUCAUUGGACUCAUGUCCAACCACCAUUGACUUCUCAAGGCCAGACAGAAAGAUCUGGUCACUUGGAAAAUACAGGUGGAUUAUUGUUGUGUGUUUUUCCACGAUAUUCUAAAUGUAUUACAUGUAUAGAGACUUGGGAGAGAUGAGGUAUUUGCUGAGCACAUUGUGAAAGUCCAACACUGGAUGUAUGAUACUUUGUUUUAUGAUUCUUCUCAUCACCAAUGCCUUUUCUGCCAUUGUUUUUUUAUAACUUGUUUAUGUAUGUUAUGGGUUCAACUAGGGUAACUAGAGGGUACAGUAACUAGAGGGUACAGUAACUAGAGGGUACAGUAACUAGAGGGUACAGUAACUAGAGGGUACAGUAACUAGAGGGUACAGUAACUAGAGGGUACAGUAACAUGUCAAUCAAAGCAACAGGUUUAUAUACUGUAGAUAUAUAUGAGUUAUCUGAUUGUGUUGUUUUAAGAGAAUGAGAUGUAAUGCCAUUACAGCCCCUUCUUCUCUCCCUGGCUUCUCAUUGACUAGCAACACUACACAACAAUACAAGACUGGGUUUAACCCAAGGAUGUAUAUAAACCCUGGAUUGCUGAUGCAUUGUAUUGGCCAGUGAGAAGCUUUGAAGCCAACGGUUGGCUAUAUUGGCACUCCCCAGAACUCCAUAAGAAUUAAAGGAAGUCGACAGUAUUUCAAUUAAAUGUUUCAAGGACAAAAUUCCAUCUAUUUAAGUAUUUUUGUUGUUGUAGUGGGGACAGUAACGCUAGUACUUUAAAAAAAUAUAUACUUUAAAGCGGCAAUAUGUAUGUUUUUAGGUGACCUGACCAAAGUCACAUGGAAAUGUGUGUUAUAGAUCUGUCGUUAUCAUUGAAAGCCAGGCUAAGAAGUGGUAUAUCUGUUCUAUGUGCGCUAUUUCUGUGCUUCCCGUUCUUAUGUUUAGUUUUUGCGUCUUUUACUUUCAGUUUAUUACACCAGCUUCAAACAGCUGGAAAUAAAAUAUGUUUUGUUAUGAAAAAGAUGUUUAGCAGCGGUUUAGAUGAUACAAUGAUUCUCAACCAGGAAAUGGUGGAGCGAUUGCUGCAUAGUGCAUAGUUUUUGUUGUUGUGAUAUCCAAUUGGUAGUUACAUGCUUGUCCCAUUGCUGCCACUUCCCUACGGACUCGGGAGAGGCAAAGGUCGAGAGCCAUGCGUCCUCCGAAAAACAACCCUGCCAGCCGCACCAAUGUGUCGGAGAAAACACCAUCAAGCUGGCGCCCUUAGUCAGCUUGCAGGUGCCCGUAUUCAGCUUGCAGGCACCCGGCCCACCACAAGGAGUCGCUAGAGCGCGAUGGGACAAGGAAAUCCCGGCCAGCCUCAUGGGUCUCCGGUCACGGCCAGCUGUGACACAGCCUGGGAUCGAACCCAGGUUUGCCGUGACACUUUAAGAACUGCGGUGCAGUGCCUCAGACCGCUACGCCACUCGGGAGGCCUGCAUAGUGCAUCUUUAAGGAAAUAUUUUUCCUUUUUUAUUUUUAUGUUUAGCUCACAUAUAAUAAUUAGAAAGUCUGCAUUAAGGUGUCUGUUAUAGAAUACAUGUUGAAAAACUAAUGUAGACAUUAAUAAAUGCAUUUUUAUAGCUUUUUACACCCCCCUGUAAGUAAUCUAGUGUAUAUAUAAAUCAUUGGUUUAACAAUGUAUUACAGCUCCCUGCAUAGUAUACUAUAAGAGUACUACAGACUAUAGUAGUGUAGUACAGAGUAUACUAUGUAUUUUGGCCAUGUAUGUUCUAGCUGUUUUCCAAAGACAUGACUGGUGUUUAUUACUCUUCAGGGUGUGUACUGAGACCUGCGGUACAUGUCAACACAACAAGCCAUAUGGACAGGGCAGUAAUACAUACAGGCCUAGAGGAGAUGCCAGUAGAUAUAGAAGGACAAUGUGCCGGAAUGUGCCCUAGUUUUAGUUUCAGAUGCUUUGUUUGGCGCCAUCUUAGUUUUUGGCGGCCAUUUUAGCUCCAGUGAGAAAACAGGUGAGAAGGGAGAAGGUCCUGCUGUCCUGAAGCAUCCCUGUGACAAAUUCUCUUGUUAUGGGUUGUAGCGGCAUCAUGUCAUGUAUUUUAAGCUUCCAUUACGCUCUGAGAAAUGUCAUUUCAUGAUCUGUAUCUUAAACUUGAAAGGGUUUACCUAGGGGGUUUACCUAGAGGGUUUACCUAAAGGGUUUACCUAGAGGGUUUACCUAGAGGGUUUACCUAGAGGGUUUACCUAAAGGGUUUACCUAAAGGGUUUACCUAGGGGGUUUACCUAGAGGGUUUACCUAAAGGGUUUACCUAAAGGGUUUACCUAGGGGGUUUACCUAAAGGGUUAUCCUAAAGGGUUUACCUAGGGUGUUUACCUAAAGGGUUAUCCUAAAGGGUUUACCUAGGGGGUUUACCUAAAGGGUUAUCCUAAAGGGUUUACCUAGGGGGUUUACCUAAAGGGUUAUCCUAAAGGGUUUACCUAGGGGGUUUACCUAAAGGGUUAUCCUAAAGGGUUUACCUAGGGGGUUUACCUAGAGGGUUUACCUAAAGGGUUUGCCUAUUGUUUAAUGACCCUAAUUUUGUUAUCAUUGCUCUAUUUUUCUUUAUUCUAGUUUCUGUGUAUUAGAGAGUUUGCAUUACCUUGUGAUUUCCGCAGAAGACUUGUUCGAUAGUGACUUUGAGUCUGUGGUGACUGUCUGACUGGGUAGAAUUUGCCCUAAGGUACUAUACCUCCACUCACAGCACCUUCUAACAGGAUCCUCCAAUGGACACAAUGGAGACGAGGACAAUGUGAAAUGUGGGGGUGUUCAUCUCUGCCUACAGAGAAACAUGUUUUAAAAGCAAAGGGAACAGAAAUAUGAUAAAUGUUGUCUAACUGAAUUUAGCAGCAGGUGUUUUUUCUUUGUGUUUAAAUAUAAAUAUAUAUCUCAACAGUCUGGAUAAAAGUCUUUCAGAAUCUAGUCCAGUUGUGGCCAAUAUAAAAUAUAUUUGAUUUGUUUAACACUUUUUUGGUUGCUACAUGAUUCCAUAUGUGUUAUUUCAUAUUUUUGAUGUCUUCACUAUUAUUCUACAAUGUUUGAAAAAAGCAAAAAUAAAGAAAAACCCUUGAAUGAG